AUGGCCGCAGUCGGGCAGCACCCUGAGCGUGUCGGCGCCCCUGUAGUCCGCCAAGCAUAUGGAGCAGCACGACUCCCCGUGGGCCCUCCUCGCCUCCGAGUACAGCACCUUCGGGUAGCUUUUCAGGGUCGCCUCGUCGAUUCCCGCCUCCGGCGGACUCGCCGCCGCCCGGGGGCCGCUGUGGAGAGGCAGGGCCGCGGCGGCGGCGGCAGAGGAGGUGCCGCUGCGGGUGCAGUAGUAGGAGGCGAGGGUAAUGGUGGUGAUGAGGAGGAGAAUGCCCACGGAAACUCCGAUUCCGUAACCGAAGCCGCCGAUGCUUUCGGAGCCGAGGAAGCCGCCGGGGUCGGUGGUGGUGCCGUUCAUGAUGGGGAUUGGGGGAAUCUCAAUUCCAAGUUGCCUAAAAUUAAAUAG